GCUACCCUGUCACAAUGACACAAAUGGGAAAUAUGAACGGGAUUGUGUCACGUGAACAGAGUCGUGUUGCAGGGAGCAGCCUCGUUCUGAGCGGGGGCAACACCUAGGUAGCGAGAAAGGAAAAACAGGGAGACCGUGGGGUGGGUUUGUUAGCCUUGAUGUUUUCCUUAAAUGGACGAAUUGUAACACGAUUUUUAUUAUAGCAAGUAUUUAUUCUAUACCAACACUGUACUGCGAAGAUACAGGACACAUUUUGGUUUGAGAAACACCUUGAACAAGUAAAAUGUCACGGGGGGCAUUGCAGCCGAGCCAGCAAAAGCUGGCAGAGAAAUUUACCAUCCUUAACGACAGGGGAAUCGGGAUGCUCACCCGGAUCUAUAACAUCAAAAAGGCAUGCGGCGACCCCAAAGCAAAGCCGUCAUACCUGGUGGACAAAAACUUGGAGUCGGUGGUUAAGUUUAUCGUACGGAAAUUCCCUGCAAUAGAGACGCGAAACAAUAAUCAACAGCUUACACAGCUUCAAAAAGAAAAGUCUGAAAUACUAAAGAAUCUAUCUCUAUAUUACUUCACAUUUGUGGAUGUCAUGGAAUUCAAGGACAAUGUUUCUGAAUUGCUGAACACUAUUGACGCUUGCCAGGUUUUCUUUGAUGUUACGGUUAACUUUGAUCUCACCAAGAACUACCUUGACUUAGUUGUCACCUACACUACACUAAUGAUGCUGCUGUCCCGUAUUGAAGAGCGGAAAGCAAUCAUUGGACUCUACAACUACGCCCAUGAAAUGACACACGGGGCCAGUGACAGGGAAUACCCAAGGCUGGGCCAAAUGAUCGUGGACUAUGAGAAUCCUCUGAAAAAGAUGAUGGAAGAGUUUGUCCCUCAUGGGAAGUCUUUGUCAGACGCACUCAUCUCGCUGCAGAUGGUCUACCCCAGGAGGAACCUGUCCGCUGACCAGUGGAGGAACGCCCAGCUUCUGAGCCUGAUUAGCGCCCCCAGUACCAUGCUCAACCCGGCCCAGUCAGACACAAUGCCAUGUGAAUACCUCUCCUUAGACUGUAUGGAGAAAUGGAUUGUGUUCGGGUUCGUCCUGUGCCACGCGGUGCUGAAUACUGACCCAGCAGCGCUGAGCCUGUGGAAGCUGGCCCUCCAGAGCAGCACCUGCCUCUGUCUCUUCAGGGAUGAGGUCUUUCACAUCCACAAGGCCUGUGAGGACCUGUUCGUCAACAUCCGAGGCUACAAUAAACGUCUAAAUGACAUCAAAGAAUGCAAAGAACAAGCACUAUCGCAAGCUGGGUCCAUGCAUAGAGAAAGGCGCAAGUUUCUUAGGUCUGCCCUGAAAGAGUUGGCCACAGUUCUGUCUGACCAGCCUGGACUGCUGGGCCCAAAGGCUCUGUUUGUGUUCAUGGCUCUCUCUUUCGCCCGGGACGAGAUCAUCUGGCUCCUCCGCCAUGCAGACAACAUACAGAAAAAAAGCACAGAUGACUUCAUUGACAAGCAUGUUGCAGAGCUCAUCUUCUACAUGGAGGAGCUCCGAGCACACAUCAGGAAGUACGGUCCCGUAAUGCAACGGUACUAUGUGCAGUACUUGUCCGGCUUCGACGCUGUGAUUCUCAAUGAGCUUGUGCAGAACCUCUCUGUCUGCCCUGAGGAUGAGUCCAUCAUCAUGUCCUCCUUUGUGAACACCAUGACCUCCCUCAGCGUGAAGCAAGUGGAGGACGGAGACAUGUUUGAUUUCCGGGGCAUGAGGCUUGACUGGUUCCGUCUGCAGGCCUACACUAGUGUGUCAAAAGCCUCUCUGGGCAUCGCUGACCACCGUGAACUGGGCAAGAUGAUGAACACCAUCAUAUUCCACACCAAGAUGGUGGACUCCCUGGUGGAGAUGUUAGUGGAAACCUCAGACAUCUCCAUCUUCUGCUUCUACAGCCGAGCCUUUGAGAAGAUGUUUCAGCAGUGUUUGGAACUGCCCUCACAGUCGCGCCACUCCAUCUCAUUCCCCCUGCUGUGCACACACUUCAUGAGCUGCACCCAUGAGCUCUGUCCCGAAGAGCGGCAUCACAUUGGCGAUCGCAGUCUGUCGCUCUGCAACAUGUUCCUGGACGAGAUGGCCAAGCAGGCGCGCAACCUCAUCACCGACAUCUGCACAGAGCAGUGCACGCUCAGUGACCAGCUGCUUCCUAAACACUGUGCGAAAACCAUCAGUCAGGCAGUGAACAAGAAGUCCAAAAAGCUGACUGGGAAGAAAGGCGAGCCGGAGCGAGAGAAGCCGGGUGUUGAGAGCAUGAGGAAGAACAGGCUCCUGGUCACCAACCUGGACAAGCUGCACACGGCGCUGUCAGAGCUGUGCUUCUCCAUUAACUACGUGCCCAACAUGGUGGUGUGGGAACACACCUUUACCCCCCGCGAAUACCUCACCUCCCACCUGGAGAUCCGCUUCACCAAGUCCAUCGUGGGGAUGACCAUGUACAACCAGGCCACGCAAGAGAUCGCCAAGCCCUCCGAGCUGCUCACCAGCGUGCGUUCCUACAUGACGGUGCUGCAGUCCAUCGAGAACUAUGUGCAGAUUGACAUCACGCGGGUGUUCAACAACGUGCUGCUGCAGCAGACCCAGCACCUGGACAGCCAUGGGGAGCCCACCAUCACCAGCCUCUACACCAACUGGUAUCUGGAGACCUUGCUCCGGCAGGUAAGUAACGGCCACAUUGCCUACUUCCCUGCCAUGAAGGCCUUUGUCAACCUGCCUACGGAGAACGAGCUCACCUUUAAUGCUGAGGAGUACUCCGAUAUAUCCGAGAUGAGGUCACUCUCAGAGCUGCUGGGACCCUAUGGCAUGAAGUUCCUCAGCGAGAGCCUCAUGUGGCACAUAUCCUCCCAGGUGGCAGAACUCAAGAAACUGGUGGUGGACAACGUGGAAGUUCUGAACCAGAUGAGGACCAGCUUUGAUAAGCCAGAGCAGAUGGCUGCCCUCUUUAAAAAGCUCUCAUCUGUUGACAGCGUCCUGAAAAGGAUGACCAUUAUUGGAGUCAUCUUGUCAUUCCGAUCACUGGCCCAGGAAGCACUCCGCGACGUGCUGUCCUUCCACAUUCCUUUCCUGGUGAGCUCCGUCGAGGAUUUCAAGGACCACAUUCCCAGAGAGACUGACAUGAAGGUGGCCAUGAAUGUGUAUGAGCUGUCGUCUGCAGCAGGCCUGCCCUGUGAGAUAGACCCAGCCUUAGUGGUGGCCCUUUCUUCACAGAAAUCAGAAAACAUAAGCCCAGAGGAGGAGUAUAAGAUCGCCUGUCUGCUCAUGGUCUUCGUUGCCGUUUCCAUGCCAACUCUGGCCAGCAACGUCAUGUCUCAAUACAGCCCUGCAAUCGAAGGACACUGCAACAAUAUUCACUGUCUGGCGAAAGCUGUCAACCAGAUAGCUGCUGCCUUGUUCACCAUUCACAAGGGAAGCAUUGAAGAUCGUCUCAAAGAAUUUCUGGCUCUGGCGUCUUCCAGCUUGCUGAAGAUUGGCCAGGAGACGGACAAAAUGACGACACGAAACAGGGAGUCUGUGUACCUGCUGCUGGACAUGAUUGUACAAGAGUCUCCAUUCCUCACCAUGGACCUCCUGGAGUCAUGCUUCCCCUACGUGCUACUGAGAAACGCUUACCAUGCCGUCUACAAGCAGAGCAUCAACUCAUCUGCAUAAGUCUCCUCUUCAGAACAUAUGUCCCUCACAUGGGACAUCAAGUGGACCACAGGAGCCUUGCUAACAUUAACUGCCGUGUGCUCAUUUCACUAUGAAAUUGUGGGAUUUUUUUUCUCCUCGUGAAAUUGCAUUAAUGACCUGUCGUUUCCUGUCGUUUCCUAAAAGAGUCAUACAGUAGUAACCUAUGAGUUUUGCUUGAUAAAAAAAUUAAAAAAGAUUUACACUACUAAAUUCAAUUUUGUUAUGAAAAUAAUCAGUUUUUCAACAUGAGAAAAAUGUGUAAUGGAAAAAUAACAAUCUCUGAUGUUUGGGGGCUGAAUUUUAAAUAUCUUUAUUAUUAAUAAUGCGAACAUGUUGCCUGUUUAUUGACCGGAGCUUUGAUGAUUUUAUUUAGGUGGUUGUUCUAGAUUUUUAUGGGUUAUUCUGUGUUUUUUUUACAGUUUGGUUUUUAUAUUUGCCAAAUUAUUGACACAAAUGAGUCUGAUUUGGUUUUAUACUCAACGUUGUUGCCAGUAGCUAUAUAAUAAGAUGAACAGAUGGUGUUUGUACAAAGCAUAGUAUAAUUUUUUUACUAACUCAUGAUGCUUCAGUGUCAUUAACUCACCAUUGUACCUGCCCAUAUGGUAUAACAUUUCUUGCAUAUUUAUGGAAUGUUUAUAAAUUGUUCUACCUUAACCACUUUUAUGUUUUACAUUUUUGAAAAUGACACUAACUUCCAUAACAUACAUAAACAAUAGGUUAUAUCAAACUGCUCUGUUAGUCCAAAUAUAGCAUCAUUCAGUUGACGGACCAUUGUAACAGUGAGUUCCAUCCCAUCUGUGACAAACUCUCAACCUUUUGUGCACAUCGCUCACCACUCAACUUCAACUGUGCAAACUGACUCCAUGAGCAACAGUUGUCUUUCAUUUAGUUUUACUAACUUCAAGUUGUCAGGGAGGGAGGGGGCUCAUCGAUGGCCACUCAGAUGCUUAUCUACCCAGCUAAGUUUCACGUCUGACAGACCAGAGGGAUAUACUACAAAGCAGGAUCAAGCCAGCUAAAAUUGAUUAAACAACCUGAAAUAACUAUUGAUUUUCUGGUUCAUAGGUGUUUUUGGUUGAUGAGUCAGUUACACCAUGCCCAUGUUAUGCUUAUCUUCUUAAAAUAAUACAUAGUUAUUUCAGAAUAUUCUUGUAAGUUAGCUGGCUAAGUCAUUGAUCUUGCUUUGUAGGAUACCCCUCAGACAUGUACUAAGAAAGGGAAAAUAUGAUUCAUACCCCAGCUUCAGAAAAUGUGCAGUCAGAGCAGUGCCACCAACCAAGUCAAUCUGAACACCAUUGAGAUAGAAACAAGGCCAAAUGGUCAAGUCUUUGACUUAAGAGUGGUGGAAUUGUUUUUCCUUCGUUAUCUGUGAAUAUGUCUUUUUGGAUCCCCAUUAGCUGAUGCCACUCUUCCUGGGGUCCAGCAAAAUGAAGGCCGUUAUACAUUUUUUUUUUAAAUGUAUUAAAAACAUUACAAUACAUCUUACAUCUUAAGUGUGUGCUCUCAUGCCCCUACUCUGUGUACGUGUGUGUAUAAAUGUGCAUGUUAUCGUGUGUAUGCAUGUGUCUGUGCCUGUUUGUUUUGCUUAACAGUCCCCACUCUCUUGUAAUGUGUAUUUGUAUUUGUUUUUUAAGUCUAAUUUUACUACUUGCAUCAGUUACUUGAUGUGGAAUAGCAUUCCAUGUAGUCAUAGCUCUAUGUACGCCUCCCAUAGUCUGUUCUGGUCUCGGGAACUGUCAAGAGACCUAUUGUGGCAUGUCUUGUGGGGUAAGCAUGGCUGACCGAGCUGUCUGCCAGUAGUUCAGACAGCUCGGUGCAUUCAACAUGUCAAUACUUCUCACAAAUACAAGUAGUGAUGAAGUCCAUCUCCUCCAUUUUGAGCCAAGAGAGAUUGACAUGCAUAUUAUUAAUGUUAGCUAUCUCUGUACUUGAGGGCCAGCCGUGCUGCCCUGUUCUGAGCUAAUUGCAAUUUUCCUUUGUGGCACUUGACCACAGGACUGAAGACUAGUCCAGGUGCGACAAAACUAGGGCUGUUAAGAAUGCGAAGCAGCACUUUAUUAUGGACAGACUUCUACCCAUCUUAGCUAUUGUUGUAUGAAUAUGUUAUGACCAUGACAUUUUACAGUCCAGGAUUACUCCAAGCAGUUCAGUCUCCUCAACUUGCUCAGUUACGACAUUAUUCAUUACAAUAUUUUGUUGAAGUUUAGUGGAUUAUUUGUCCCAAAUACAAUGCGUAUCGUUUUUUAAAAUAUUGAGGACUCUUAAUCCUUGCGACCCAUUCUGAAACUAACUGCAACUCUUUAAGUGUUGCAGUCAUUUCAGUCGCUGUAGUAGCUGACGUGUAUAGUGUUGAGUCAUCCGCAUACAUAGAUACACUGACUUUACUCGGUCACUGGCAUGUCGUUAGUAAUACAAAAAUAAAUAAAAGCAGGGGUCAUUAGUAAUGAUUAAAAUAAGUAAGGGGCUUAGACAGCUGCCCUGGGGAAUUCCUGGAUUUUAUUGUAGGGAACACCCACAAUAUAGCAGGGGGUGUAGAGCCAUAACACAAGUUUUUCUAUGAACUGUGGUCGAUAAUGUCAACCACACUGAAUAACAACACAGCCCCCCCAAUCUUUUUAAUGAUCAAUUUCUCUGUCAUUUGUGUAAGUUUGUUGAAUGCCCUUCCUUCCCUAUAAGAGUGCUGAAAGUAUGUUGUGAAUUUGUUUACUUUUAAAAUUGUGUCUGGUCAAAUGUUUUUCUAAAGGUUUGUAACAGGCUGAUUGGUUGGCUAUUUGAGACAGUAAAGGGGGCUUUUACUAUCCUUAAGUAGGGGAAUAACUUUUGCUUCCCUCCAGGCCUGAGGGCACACACUUUCUAGUAUGCUUAAAUUAAAGAUAUGGCAAAUAAACUCAGCAAAAAAAGAAACGUC